CCCGAAACAAAAAGGAAAAGCGAAAUUUGAACUUUGAUUACAUAGCAUUUUCCGAGAAUUUUGCACGUGACUUCCGGGAAUUUCCUGUUUUCUGCGGGUUCAUGAAUUUAUUAUGCAGCGAUGAUAUAAAUACGAUCGAACGGGGAGCUAUUUGCUUAAGACGGAGAUUCGCGCUUCAUUUUACAGUUUUUCCACUAAGAAAAAACAAUGAGACCACCGUACACGAAGUCUGACGAGAAAAAGAUCUUGGAUACACGGCUGAAAGACUUUAUGGGAGAAGUCAAUCCAGUUGAUUUGCUUCCAUAUUUGCCUUGUUUAGAGCAGAUGGAUAAAGAGGCCAUUGAGGCUAAACAGAACAAUAUGGGACCAACAACGGCGAAUCAAAUUCUUGUAGAUCGGCUCAAAAGACGGAACAAAGGUUUUGUGCAGUUUGUAAGAGCCCUAAGGACAUCUGGAAACGAACACACUGCGUUGUUAGUUGAUCCUUACUACAUUUAUCCAAGUAAGCCAGUUCUUUGUUUAGUAUUACUUUGAUGUUAUUCGAAUUCACAAUUGCUUGACUACAUUUCGUUCUGCCGGAGACUUUUUGGCUUUAAACUCAUUUUGCGCGGUAGAAUUAUAAGUUUCCAAAUCCAAAGUUCCUGUGAGUUCGGAUGACUCUGCCGUUAAAACGGAAUGAAACCGUCAAUUAUUUCUCAGACUGUGACAGAUUAUCUCACCGUUUCAUCUCAUCAUAAUUACCUUUGUUUGGUCCUUUCAUGUCUUUGGAAGUCUGUGAUUCCUCCUUUAAGUCUGAUUUACGAGACUCAAAGUACCUCUUUAUGUUUACGUCGCCAUGUCCGCCAUUAUAAGGGCUAAAACAAUUUGCAAAUUAAGCCUUCUGACACCAUUGUACGUUCAGCUGCAAAAGAUAAAUGGACUCUGGACUGGACUCUGGACUUUACCCGGAACUGGACUCUCUUGACUCUGCACUGGAUUCUGAGUUCCUCUCUGGCCUGGACCCGAGCCUUUUUUAUUUAUAUUGCUACAAAUAGAUGUAUUAAUAUUAUAAUUUUAAAGAUAAGUCUAGUCCAAAGUCCAGUCUAGAGUUUAUUCCAGCUGGCCAGGCUCGUGUUUAGUAGUUUGCAGAUGUUAAAAUUGGAUUAAUCGACCAUCAAGCACUAUUUAUGUCAUUUUCUCGUGGCUUUACGAAGUGAACAGCGAACGGAUAAAAUCCGAGUCCGAUAUAAAAAUUUUUACCUUCAUCCUCUUGUUUUUAUUGUUUCCUGCUUCACUUCGGAGGGUUUUGAUGCAAUUAUGUCAUAUUUUGUGAGGUCUUGAAGGAGGCUGAUUCCACUUGGUUUGAUAUUGGAAGCUCAAGAGCAGAAUGAAUGGUUCCCCCUGGAUUGUUCAAUUGUGUCUUUAUGUUAAAUCAUAUGUAAUUAAGCUGUUCGACAACGGUCAAAACAUAGUUACUAACAAUAUGAAAUUGAUUGAUUAUCAUCUGAACGCAGUUGACGAAGGGGACGAUGAAAUCGCUGUGCCGAAUGGCUCAGAGAUCGGUUAUAAAAGGAUUGGAACAGCAAUUGGUAAGCUAUUUCAGUAUGUAAUAAUUUUUGCAUUAAUUGAUAAAAGGACACAGAGGGAUGUGACCAUUUGUAAAUGGGGCAGGGCGAGAAUAAUUCUUCGAGGAAGGUGGCAUAAGUCAACGUGGAACUCCACCCCCAUCCCUUCCCAUCCUAGAAGGCCCUUGCAGUGCAAUGUUAUGUCACUAACCUAGACAAACUAAUUGCACACAGCAUAUUAUAAUUUAUUUAUUUCAAAAUAGGAAAUAAAUCAUUUUUUUCCCAUAAUACUUUGUUACGGAAAUACGGACCGGGGAUUCUUUUUCUCGACAAAAGACGCUUUUGUAUAAGUUGGUCUUUGCAAUUACAUCUUUGUGUCAUACUGACUUAGGGCUGAAUAAAAACUUGCUUUUUUCGGUCCUUAAAUGCUCGUCUUGUCGGUUUUUUUUCCAGAUGUUAUUAUUAAAGGUAACCUAUCAGCAGAGACAAGUGGGGAUGAGGAAGAGCCUGAAAGCUGUUAUGCAGAGGAAAAGUAUUUGGCCGAACUUUACGAACAACAUUCAUCCAAAGAAAGCAAACAAAUGCGCAAGGAACUCCAGAAGGUAUAUUAAAAAAAUUAAUUGUAAGUCCAUGGAAGCGCAGAUCUAACACUAGAAAUGGUAUACAAUGAAACCUGUUUUAAGUGAAAGGCGCAACACCUUAUGUCUCAAAAUUUUUUUUUUCUGAAGUUUCCAAUUAAAUCAAACCUCUAAGAAAAAUUCACACUUAUUGUUUCGAAUUUUUAACUUAGCUUCCUAACUUGAGGAAACAUCAUAUCCAUCAGUCAAAACGAAAUUGUGGAAUCUCACUGACUGACGCGAGUGAACAACUAAAUCAGCCCUCAGUCUUUAAGCCUAAGUCUUACUUUCAACUUGUGGGUAAACAUCAUAAUUACGUAUCAGUUGGAGAUCAAGAUACGCUUUCUUCUCCAAACUUAAUCUGAUACCCUCAAGUAUGCUCAAUUUUAAUGACUGUGUAUUUCUUUCAGUAUCUUCCCCAAGGAGCUGUUUUUGUUCAUACUGCUAAAGGUUCCAUCAUAACCACUAUCCGCUUGUCAACAAAAGAAGCAGCCGUAAAGCUGUGGGAUAUGUAUACUGAAGGAGAAUUCCAAAAAUCGUUACAACAUGUCUUAGUGGACGACACUUUUAAGAAACAUCAAAGGAUCCCAGAGAAACCGCUGAAACUGAACCUCAGUAUAAGCCAAGAGCGUUUUGUACAAAUUCAGGAAAAACUAGCAGGUAACAAAUAAACAACACCAUAGAACUUUUCAUUAUUCUUGCUGCUGAGUUUUUUUCAUCUUGUGAACAUAGAAUACUAACGGGACACUUCGACGUUUAAUUAACUUCAGGAAAGGUGAUCAUGAGUUUCGCUGUGUUAAAUACACCUAGUUGGGAAAAUACUAUUAUGGUCGUUUUUAUGGUUGUCACAUAAGUACAAGGCCCCGGUCAUCCCUCCAGUGUUAGGUUUAUGCUGUUAAUUGCCAUCCUCACUCACAGGAAUGGUGCGGUGCUCGUUGCCGAAAUGAGCUGUUCGUCCUUCAGAGGAACAGCACCCAAACGGUUAGCGAAACCUGUAAAAAAGCUUUCGAGUUAGUCAUUUUAGUUGUCUUGAAGUACCGAAUGAGUUGGUAUAUUCAAGCAACUUAUGCUUGUUUUCUGGUAGAGAUCGAAGAAGAGCAAGAGAGAGAGGAGAAAAUGCGUAGCACCUUGUCAAGCAAGCAAGGUACACUUCAAAUUCGUUAUAUGAUGAUCAUUACUUUAAUGGAAUUUGAUCAUUGGAUGUUGAUAAGUUCAUUCAAUCAUGAAGACUUACGGUGUUAAUGGUAGUCAAUUACAUGCACGUUUGAUUGAAACGACCAUGCGGUAAAUAUGAUGGAAUAACUGUAAUAAAUCUUGUAGAAGGUACUAUGGAAAAUUAUAUAGAUGCCAGAUAUUAAUUUAAAAAUGAAAAGUCGAUAAUUGCUAUUUGAUGCAUAUCACACGAAAACGUAAACAUUUACCUAUGUUUAUUUAUUUUUAGAGGACAGUGCUACUGAUGAUGAUGGAUCUAUACCUGAGGUUGAAGAAGAAAUCGACAUUCCACCCGGUAAGAUUGCAUUCUUACUAUGAAAUACAUCUGAUUUAAAAACCGGAGCGUAUUGCGCCUCGAAACUUAAUCUUCAAUUCAAGAUUCAUAUGCCAAUUUGAUCUUAGUGAUGCUGUAAUAUGAUCUAUUUAUCCAUUUCUAAAAGUGUAUCUGGGAAACAAGGCCAAUCCCUUUAGCGUAUGUGAGCUGGAGCUUAGAGAGUACCAGAAGGAAUUGGCAGAUCCAGCGCUGGAAGGCAAGAACACCAUUAUCUGUGCUCCAACCAACAGUGGAAAAACAUACGUGGCUAUAGAAAUAGCUAAAAACCAUCUUGAGUCAUUCAAAGCAAAGGGUAAGUUGCCUUCUUAUAUCAUAUCUCAUAAUCGUUAUGUCAGUCCAUCACCCUGGUAGAUAACACAGUUGAUCAUGAAAAGACUAUAAAACAGUAAAUUGUCUCUUUAUAAGCGAAUUCAAUUUAUAGAAUUCUGAGGGCGUUUAAAGAGCUUUGCUUUAUAUUCUUUUCCCACACAUUUAGAGACACACGAAUUCACGCAUAACGCAUAUGAGAAAAACGAUUCCUUCACGAGAAUAUUCAAGGUUGAACUUUGUUCUCUUUGCAAGUGAAUUGUUACUCUAGCUGUAUUGUCAACGAUAGCUUUCGCAUUACAUAUUGGGUGAAGUCAUUCCUUUUCCCCUUAUGCCGAUCCAAUAAUGAGUUAUCUGCAGCAAUCAGUAAUUGAUCGGAUUUCAACCAGAUACCAACUCGAAUUUUUUUAAUUGGACAGUGUCCCAGGAACUAACACUCUGGCCCACUGAUUGAAGAUCAGGCCAUUAGGUUUUGUUCUUGAGCGAGACAUCUACUCCUCUCCUUAGCAUCACAACUCUAAGUCGCCUCAUCAUUUUUACUCUUUUUACUCCUUAGCACCUACAGACAGCAGCCAUAGCAAAAAACCAAAGGUUGUCUUCAUUGUGAGCACUGUGAACCUUGUUUCUCAGCAAAAGGAGCGGUUUGAACUCUACCUGAGAGACAAGUAUUCCGUGGUUGAUAUUUCUGGGGCAAACGCAACCGAGAUCCCCCUUAAGUAUCUUCUACAAAACCAUGACAUCAUUGUUUUGACUGCCCAAAUACUUGUCAACGCUCUUACUUGUAAAUCUAAGGAGGAGCAAGUAAAUUUGGAAGAUAUCAGUCUUUUGCUAUUUGACGAGUGCCACCAUGCACAUAAGGAGCAUUCCUACAACCGAAUCAUGGAAAGGUAUCUUGCCUUGAAAAAGCAGCCUCGAAACCAAGGAUCGCUGCCACAGGUAACUGACACAUCGUAUUGUUUUUCGUGGCGUUUCUGAAAGCAUAGAGGCAAGUCUGCACUGAGGCGAAGAGUCAUUAGGCCCAAGUGAGCAACGAAUUUUUCCUUCUCCUUUUUUCGAUUUGAACAGAAAAAGAAAGAUAGAAAAUUUAAGGUACUACCCACCUUUCAAAAACCGUAUUCCAAAUGUUUUGAUCGUAGGUAAUGGAUAGGGUUCAUUCCCUUAUAUUAUCAUAAAACUAAACUGACAAUACGUAAUCUUUUAGCCAGUCGCAGCAAAAUCUAAUGAUGCAAGGACCCAAUUUGAGCUAAAAAAAAAACACAAGUUCACGACUAGAUUGCGAUUAUUGUUAGGUUUAUAUCAAAUCGGUGGCAACACGUACAUGUGUUUUUGAGUCCUGAUUACUUCCGAGUUCCAAAAGUCAAUGAUUUUUUUUUUAUUCUGAGUAAUCCAAUCUCCUUUAUUUUCAUUUUUAGGUUGUUGGUUUUACUGCAUCGCUUGGUACAGGAAAAGCUAAAAGUGUCGAGAAAGCAGAAGAACACAUCCUUCUUGUUUCUGCCAACUUAGAUGCAGAAAUUAUUUCAACUGUGAAAAAAAAUCAGUCCGAGCUCAAAAAGUUCGCAAACGUUCCUGAACGAAAUGUAUAUCAACUUUCAACGACUGGAAAUGAUCCAUUUGAAAAGAUAAUUUCACAGGUAAUGAGUCGAUGGGUUGUUAUUCAGAAACAAGAAUGUAUGAGGAGAGCUCGCCUCAUCCUCCUUCAUGUUUUUUAGGUUAUGAAGAACAUCGAAGCUAAAGUGAGAGGUAGAAGAGGAGAAGAAUCAACUUCUGUUCCCCCGGAUGACAGUAAGGCAUGUCAGCAGUAUCGCCAAUGGGUGGAAGAGCUCUCCAAAAAUGCUGUUGCAGAUGCGGACCGUUACCUUAUAACAUUUGCAGAACAUCUCCGCGAGUAUCACAUCGCCUUGACAAUCAACAAAAGUACAACUAUGAAAAAUGCUAAGAAACGCCUUGAGAAGUAUUUUGAAUCCUUGGAUAGGGAAAAAUUCCUACCUAUUGACAAAAGUUUGGAACGUCUGUUUCAGUGCGCAAUGGAGAUUUUGGAUAAGAAUGUAGCAGAGCACGGUGAGCCCGAGAAUCCAUUCUUAAUGAAACUGAAAGAAUUGCUCCUUCAACACUACAAAGGUGAUCCUGGGAUAACUGGGGAAAGCGACCAGGAACGACCAAGCGAAGAGGAUGACAAUUUUGCAGAACACACGCCAGACAAUAAAACUUCUGAUAAAAGCAGUGGUGAACAUAAAGACUGGAUAGGGCCUAAAGGUAUUCUGUUCACAAGAACACGAGAAUCAACGUCAGCCCUAGAGGACUGGAUUAAAAAGGAUGAACAACUGAGGGCUGUUCUAAGGCCAGAGGCCCUUGUAGGCAGUGGAGAUGGCAACAGUAAGUUUAAUCGCUGAUAAAUUUUUUAAAGUUCAAAUUCUAAUAUGGUACCAUUACAUACUGCAAAAGGAAAAACAACCAUAGCGGUUAUUCUAUAAUAGUCUUUCCAACAUCUUUAAGACAUGCCUUUUUUUUCUCUGGAAAUCUCCAUGAUUGCGUUUAAUUUUGCUUCUUUGCAUGAUGAGUAUUUAAAUGAAAGAAGGAUGAAUAUCUUGUUGGAGCAAAGAAAAAUAUUUGUACAUGACAAGAUGUUUUCCUUUCCUAAAUCGUAGUUGGAAUGACACAGAAUGAGCAAGAGCGAGUAAUCAGUCGAUUCCACACCGGAGAGAAGAACCUUCUUCUAGCCACUAGUGUGGCAGAGGAAGGUUUGGACAUAAGAGAUUGUAAUUUUGUGAUCCGUUAUGAUAUGAUGGGCAACGAGAUCUCAAGUGUGCAGUCACGUGGCCGUGUCAGGUAAAAUUCAUUUAUCUAUUGCUUGCAUUCGUGCGCUUAUUACGUCUAUAUAGAUGCCGAAAGUUUUUACAGAUCUGCGUUCACCCUGAAGUUAGCACACUAGACUAAGGAUCAAGAAGCAUUUGUUUGAUUCUUGACCGAUGUCACAGUAUCUGUCCCACGACAAGACAGACUUACUCUCCACCAAGGGGUGUACAAUUAAUGGUACCAUAACAUUAUCAUUAUCGUACCUGACAUUGACUGGCACGCCACUGAAGCGGUUUGUUUUUUUUUGUUUUUUUUUAAAGGAUUUUACCAUGCUUUUAGUUCCCGUCGGUUCACAAGAUUUAUGCUGGUUUCGUCAGUUUCAGUUUCACAUGCCUCGAGCGGUUUGUCUUCUUUAAGUACAUUUCAUAUUGUUUCAAAGAACUUUGGUCUAGCAUGUUUAUUUUCCAUUAAAUUGCAUUCACAACUAUAGUAACUUUACCUUCGUUCGUGAGUUCUCGAGGUCUCCUUCUAUUUUAUCAAAAGUUUUCUUUUUUCUUUAUUUUUUUUUCUCUUUUACUAGGGCAGACGAGGGUAUGUAUAGCGUGCUCGUGAGUGUGGAUUCUGGAGCAUUGAAAAGGGAAAACACAAACCGUUUUCGAGAAACCCUCAUGGUUGAAGCCCUAAGCAAGGUUCAAAACAUUUCCGAAAAAGACUUUCAGAGGAAAGUAAGUACCAGAAAAACAUCAGGUUUGUAUUCUAAUAAAGCAAACUCCAUUCAGAAGAUAAUGAAAUAGACGAAAUAGGGUUCCCUUGGCUGGCUUUAGUGGGAGUAACAAAUUGCAAAGGCUGCGAGAGUUUUUUCUUUAAUUAAUUUCAGCAAGAGCGAAUGUCAGUUUUUUUGAGAAGAAGAGACAGAGUAGGGUUUCCCUUGAACAAAGAGCUUUCGGAAGUAAAAUGUGUGUCCAUUGAAUGGAAUUAUCUUAGGCUAGAAAUAGUCGAGGUGAAGAUUUCCAUUGACAAGCCUCUCAGUUUUUAAUCUUAUUUUCUAUUUGGCACCAUUCUUAAAUGAUUUUUUCAAUGUAUUUUCGCAUCUAUGAAGGUAAAGGCUAUACAGGAUAAGAACUUUCGGGAUCGCAAGCUGAAGAAAGGUGUAAUGGCCUUGAAAAAGUCAAAGCCUGUACCCGAUGAUGUCAACUUCCAUUGCCGGAAGUGCAAUGAAGCGGUUUGUCAGGCACAUGAUAUCCGACGCGUAAGAGAGACCUUCUAUGUGAUCAUCAACAGUGAUGUACGGGAGUCCAAGGUAGACGAACUUUCUUUGACCGCAGUAAAACAUAUGUAGUCGUUAUUUGCUUUGAUUUUGUUCAGCUUCAUUUCAAACAGUUUACAUAAAAAGUUACAAGCUUCACGGUUUUGGUGACAUGAUUACAUAAACUGCACAUGGUCUAUUAAUGCUUGGACGCUAACAAGACUAAGAGGUGAAGAAAGAAAGUAGCAUCGUCACAGAUUUAAAGAGCGGUACUUCUCAUUUUAGCAGUGUCGUGGUCAGUAUUUGUAGCCUCUCAGUCUAGUGCUAACUUCCUAAGUUGCCUUGAAUAAUGAAGUUGUGCAGCUUCCCUCUUUUAUUCUUACUCUCGAAGUUACUGUGGGAAAAGCAGAAUUGUUAAAAAAAAAACACUUCCUAAAAUUUAAUGAGCUUGCUUGAUAACGAAUCUCUCGCUCUUAUAUUUGCAGGUGGUCAUGAAGAUCUCUCCUAGUCCCAAGAAAAUUGAUGAUGUCGAAUUUAACAAGAAAAUCUAUUGCAAAAAGUGUGGUCAAGAUUGGGGUGUGACCGUUCGUAUCAAUGAUGUGGAGUGGUUGUGCAUCAAGAUUAGUAGCUUCGUUGUUCAGUUCCCGGGGCCCAAUCCUCAGCGAAUUAUGAAAAAGAAGUGGAAAGAUCUCCCUUUUGGCAUUGAAGAGGCAACAUUUGAAGAGCUCUGGCAACAAGCUGAACAUGAGGAUGAAGAUUUCUUCGAAGAUGAUCUCAGCGAUUUGCUUGAUUGACUUGGUCGCAUAUGGCAGUGCAAUGCUUCUUGUUAAUAUUGAGAUGUCAGUUAGUUAUCACAAACUUUGAAUUUGUUGCCUAGUUGAUGCGAUACGUUAUGUUAGAAUAGGAAAGGAAAGCCUUGGAUGUUAGUAAUCUAAUUUUGUCGUGGAAAUACGAGGCGUGACCAGCACUCUUGUUUAACUUUUAAAGUAAUUAUCGCCUAAGGGGUUAGUCGUACGAUCAAUAAAAAUUCUUAUUGACAUUGGUCCCAGUCAGUUUCAUCAGUUCAACUAGGGAAAGUUCAUUUCACACCCAAAAUAAGAGCGAGGAGUUGAUUUGGAGUCAAUACACUAUCGUUUAGGAUCUUAAAGUGAGAGAGUUUCUAUUUCUAUCCAUUGUGUCACUUUUUAUUGGCAAUUACUAAUGGUUCCUGCCAGAUAAUUAGUUCAGUGAUGGAGACAAGAUGAUACAACAUUUGAUAUAACCAUCUACCCAGUAUAGAGCUGAGACCGAUGGAGUUGAACCUCUCUUGCCUACAAGCUUGGUCUCGGGGACUCAGGCCUCAAAAAAUAUUUUGAUGUUAUAAAUAGUUGGAAAGAUGUCGCCCAACUUCCGAUCUGAAAGAGAAAAAUAGCGAAAUCGGAUCGUGCGUACCGAAGUGAUUUAUUUCCGUCUUCGCUAGUUCUUAGUAUAGUGAAUAAGGAAUUUUGGCACACGGUAUGGUAACUUAAGAUGGUUUUUAGGGCCUACUGAGUCAGUUCUAAAUUUUUUAUCAUUGUAAUCUAUAGCUGAUGGGUCAAUAUUGAAACUGCUAAGAAAUAUCUUAACAGGCCUAGUUUGAACCGUGCAGACCAGACGAACUCAUUCGCGAGUGAUUUGCAAAAAAGAACGCGUCCUAGCCGCUGAACAUAGUCCAUUAGGAAUCUCAACAAAUUCACAGGUGUUACAAGAGGAACUUCCGCGGCUGUUGUAAUCAAUCAACUAUUAUCGAUAUAUGUCUUGCUAGUCGGCGGCAUAUUAUUUGUCGUGUUUUCGUUCUCAAACGCUCACAGUCCUUCACGAAACUAUAACGCUAACCGGAAAGGGUCUGAGCUAUUUCUUAAUAAUAUUUUACGACUGAAAUUCAUAAAGAAGGUCAUAACGCAAAAGGCACACUUCAUUAUUUAUUAUGGCAUAGCCGGAGGUUUAUUGGUUUCGCGUGAUGAUUUUCGAUAGUUCUCGAUUUCAAAAACUUUUUUAUGAGAAUUUCUUUCAGUUUCACAUGUCAUGAGUCGACUAACAUGUUGUAAACGAAAAUACAUCGAGACCGAAAUAAAAGAUUUCUUGUUUACUUUUUACGACAACCCUUUGUUCUUUGAACUAAGAAUGAUAAACUAUUUUCUAUUAACACUUGUAAUGGGAUGCCUUUUUAAUGUCACAAAAUCUCGUAUGCCUCAACUAUUUUUGGUUCCAAAUAUCAUGCUUGAAUAGCCGUGAUUGGUUUUGGUUAGACGGGCAAUCAGCAUUUAAAAAAGCCACCCACCGUGAACUUACCCGCAUUAGACAGAGAAUUAAAUGACAAAUAUUCGAGAAAGCUAUUUCGAAAAUAAAUCGGAAGAGGCGCCAGAAAUAUAGUUUGCUUAAUUGGCCACUACUCUGAAGAUGGUGAUAUGUUGAGUUAGGUCAGAGGUUCUUGGCGACAUCAUGUGUAGCUAAGCCCGAUAUGUUGACAGAACUCCUGACUACAAGAUUGAAGUUGAUACUCCUGUCGACCUUUAUCAGUAGAGUAGGAAUAUUUACAUCGACUGUGAAUACGAGAUUUGCUUCUACUUUUUGGUCGAAGUGUCGAUAGGUAAUUACGUUCUAAUUAGUUUCGAGAAAGUUGUUCUUAUCGAGAAGCAAAGAGAAGAAAUGCGUAAUAUCAGACAUGUAAACAAUGAUCGCUCUGUGCAAUAUCUAUACUGAUUUACAUUUUCCCUUCUAGAAAAUUACCGGUACGUGGUUGGUCCUAACCUUUUUAAAAUGAUAUUCACCUUAAAUAUCCCGCACUUAUACCGAUGAAUUCUGUGAAGGAAUGGACGAAAUACAAGUCACUAAUGGUUAAGGAAAACUAUCUACAUACGCAUAUGGAAACCGAAUGAGAAAAUAUUUAAAUUUUCAAAAGAUCAUGACACUGACCUAAUGUUUAUCAAGUAAAAAUAGCUAUACUCGAAACCUAUUAUCCCAUCUCGCUUCCAAAGCAAGAGAAAUAUCGAAAUACAUCGAAAGGGAAAACGAAACUUUAAUUUUUCUUCCCCUUAAUUUCCUAUUACCAGUUUUGAAGAGAAAAAUCCCAGAAUCAAAUUUGUCCCUGUUUGUAAGAAUUGGUAAAUGUUGUCCCACAUGAUGCAGUCGAAAAUUAGCAUAUUGACGAUGGGAAAAAGCCCUGUUAUUAAAACUCUCGAAAAUGGGCAUGUGAUGUAUUACUCAAUGAGUAGUUUCUGCGAGAAAUAGAGUUAUGUCUUAGAACCUUUACCAUUAGUUUCACAAAUGUAGCAGUUUUUUCGACAUCGUUUUAAUAGUAUUUCGAGAUGUAACAACGUUCGUACACGACAGAUCAAAAUCGAAACCAAAACAGCUCGUAUCGCGGUUUCCAUAGACUGAAAUUUGAUAUUAAUGAAAUUCAACCUGGGAAAGUACCUUUUCUGGGUGUUUCGUCAAACGAAGACUGUUCAGUGGCUACAGUGUAGAUGACCUCACAAGAAGCAUGACCAACUCUAGCCCUAUGUAUUCUCGAAAACAAAAGGGAAAAGCAAAAUUUGAUACUUUGUUUACGUAGCGUUUUCCGAGAAUUUAGUGCAUGGCUUCUGGGAAUUUCCCAGUUUUUUUUACGGGUUCAUGAAUUUAUUAUGCAGAGACGAUAUAAAUAGCGAGCCCGUUAAGCAAGGAGUCAUUCGCUUUCGACGGAGUUUCGGGUCAAAUUUUAUGAACUUCUGGGAUCUGAAACAACAAUGAGACCCUACGAAAAAAAGAUUCUAGAGGAACGUCUGAAAGAUUUUAUGGAAGAAGUCAUUCCAGUUGAUUUGCUUCCAUAUUUAUCUUGUUUACAGCAGACAGAUAAAGAAGCUAUCGAAGCGACACAGAACAUCAAGGGACCAACAACGGCGAAUCAAACUCUUGUUGAUCGGCUGAAAAGACGGGAAAAAGGUUUUUCGGAGUUUGUACGAGCCCUGAGAAAAUGUGGAAGCGAACACACUGCUUUGUUGUUGGACCCGUACUACAAUUAUCCAAGUAAGCCCUUAUGCUCUAUGAGAUUGUAUUUUAAUGACCCUUUUUGCUCGCAUGGUUAUGGAUUUUUUCGGAGACUGUUUUGGCUCCACAAAAGCAUCGUUUUAAUUCGCCGGGUUACACGAUUAGUUAUUUUUGUUAUCGAGAUUUACAGAAGUUAACUGACGUACACUUAUUUUACGGUCUAUGAACGAUAACCUCACUCUUUCAUGUUAUCUUUAGCCUUGUCUUAAGCUCGUGUCAAUAUGUUGUUCUAAAGUUGGACGUAUCCCGCUUAAGAUCAUCCGGGCGGGAGGAAUGCAAACUUUGCUUUCUUUCGUUAGAUCCCAUGAGUCACUCGAUUAUGUACGAGGAUGUAACUCAAAGUUCAUUAAGUACGUGUGGGAGUUCAAAACUGCAUGUUUACUUGAGCUAAUGGUAAUCAUUGUCGUUAAGAAAUUCAUAUCACUAACCGUGAAACUCCAUCGAAUUGAGACACCUACUUGGUAAGUCAUUUCCAAUGGACUUAACUAAAACUUGACUCUACUUUCAAUCUUUUAAAAGUUCGGUCAAAUCUUAUCCAGACACGAGCAAGUCAUGAUAGACUUUCAACGUUUCAUUCGGCUCUGUUUACACAUACUCGUAUCCAGGUUGUUUGCGUUUACACUAAUUUUACAGUGUCACGUGUCUCACCAUUUGGUCAGUAUAUUUGCAUCUCAAUGGACCACGGGGAGACACGGUCACUUCACGGUACAUCGCUUCCUUCUCAUCGUUUGCUUGCUUCUACCAAAGAUAAAUAUUCGUAAAAAAAAUUAUCUUAAUUCAGUUGACGCAGGGGAUGAUGAAGUCGCUGUCUCAGAGGGCUCAGGAGUUGGUUACAAAAAGAUUGGAACAGCAAUUGGUAAAUGACAUUUAAUCAUAAUAUUUUUGCGUUUAUUCUAUUAGAUUUUUCGGGCAAAGCAGAAACAUUUUGUUCUUAUUAUGACACUUAGAGUCAAUUUGUCUGUAAUUAUAAUUAGUUCCGUAAACCCUCGCAUUUACUCCUCCAUUCCCUUAUACGAGGGUCUCAAUGGGGAAGGGGGGGAUUGGCUUAGGGCUGACGUUAAUCAGGAAGAUAUUUCUUUGAUGACUUUGAGUUAAUAUAAAGUUUUUCAUUAUUUCAUCUAAAUUAUCAACUAUUUUUAUGCCUAUUCAGUCUUCCUUUGACUAAGUGGAGUAAGGCGUGUUUCCACGACCUCUAAUAAUAAUUCAUGAUCAGUUUCAAGGCCUAGUGUCAAACAAUACCUUACUUUCUACUGUUACACGCGCAAACCACAUAAGCAGAAUUUUUUAUAGACCUGAUUCCUCAAGCUGGAUUCGUCAAGGCAGUUUUCAGCAGCUGUUCCAUUUGUCGACCAGUAACAUUAUAUUCGAGAACGUCUUUAUAUCACGGAAGUUCGUUGACAUUUCGCUCAACAUUAGUGCCUUCUCUGAGCUGUUGUCAACCAUCCUGGUGACAUGGUUAAAACUGCGAUGUCGACUCCAUUUACUUUCCUUUUCCGGUUAUCACAUUCGCUAGUCCAAAAAGUACUGCAUUGCUGACGUAGUGACUCUAUGUGAACAGAUUCGUUAUGGUGGGUAGAUGACGUAGAGGUAUGUGUGUUAUGUCCUAACUUGAUGGUGGUACAAGUCCACGUCUUAGUACUUGUUCAAGAGUACUUUCGAUAGUUUUGGAACAAUGUGGCGAGAAGCGGAAGGUAAAUUCAAAGAUCAAAUUUUGUUGAGGGUUUAAUUUGCCGUUCAUAUCUAAUAGUGUUAAGUCUAAUUCCAAGUCCUUGAACUCUUCAUCUUAAUUUUCCAUGAAUUCAUUCUCCGAGUCGCUUCGGUACUCAUCAAUCUGGUCUGGAAUUUUGGUAUACUUGUGUCGCUAAACAAGGUCAUUGCUGAACAGAAAAAUCUCUUGCAGCCAUAGAAUUGAGAUUUAUCGUCCGAAAACUUCCAAUGCCUUUCCCCAAAAUAAAUGCUUGUCUUGGAUCGCUCGAAAGCUUUAUCUUUUCCUUCAUAAUACAAGCUCACGACGGCUUCAAACACGUUCGACGUGACAUGACAUGCAUGACAUGAAGUAAACUGUUGUCUGUAAUGACUUGGUCGAUAGGCGGGAUUAACGCCGCGUGGAGUGGCCUCUGGCAAGAAUUAAUAACUUAUCAAAUACGUUGGCUCUCUUUAAAUAUAAACUAUUAAAUUUAGAUAUCAAAACAUUCCAAGCAGUCAGUUUAGGCAAAAAAAGUGAGUAUCUGGAACCUGAUUUACCAGUCAAAAGAUCCUUUAGAGACGAUGUUCGACUGUUCGCGGUAAGCAGCUAAAAUGUGGAAAAUAGCAAAAUCCGAAACACCUUUCAAGCAUCUGACGGUUAGUAUUCACCUACUAUUUUACGAUUGACGGUAAAAAAUUAGCAUUUUUGACGGCAGACAGUUAAAUUUUAGGCCCUUUGACGGCUGACGGUUAAACCCCACUGCGACCCUCUUUUACUGGCAUGCCUUGAGUCACGUGGGGGCACUCUUCAAGGAGAAGAAAUUACCUAAAACUUGAAUAAGACUGACAAUAUGCUCUAGAAAUAUAAAACGUGUACACAAGGACUAAUGAAUAUUGGUAAAAGUGAAAUUAUGAAUCAUGAAUUGUCGCGACUGAACAUUAACAUCUUGUUUAGUUUUUCAACAUUUUUCAUCUUUUUAUACGUAUUGCGCGCCAUUGCAUUGGUGACGUUCAGGUCAUAUGAUUUACGCGGCCUCGUGGUUGAGAAAUGUAAAACUAAAUGGUUAAAUUCUGGAAAACAAUUCAUAUUUUUGUGGUUGAAGCAAUUUACACGACAUGAAUCAUGGCGGUUGAAGUAGAAGGAAUCAUGAAUUUUCGUGUUUAAAACUUGACAAUCAUGGAUCUCGAGAUACAGUUAUAGAAUAAAUCAUGACUAUCAAAAAAGUCGCUAAGUCUUUUCUUAAGCUGUUCUUUUUCUGAUUUGUUUUAAACAGAUGUUUCCUUUAGAGGAAUUCUAUCAUUAGAAACCAGUGCAGACGAGGAACAAACCGAGAGCGGUUCCGAUCUGGAGGAGUAUUUGGCUGGCCUUUUCGGGAAACAGUCGUCUGAAGAAAGCAAAAGAAUGCGAAGAGAUCUACAAAAAGUAUGUUUUAGGAAAAUGUGUGUACUACAGCAGACCUGUUAUCAAAAAUCAUUAAACUGAGUAAAACCUGAAUCAGUUGGACCCCAUAUAAAAGCGGACGAGACAAAUACUUCUCUCCAUUUUUUCUUUUGGUGGAGCAAGUUUGUCACCCACAAUUUGAAAUAGAAGCGAACAUUUCAAAACAUUUUUGCAUAUCACAGGAGAAAUAACGAGUUUGGAAACAGUCAGUGUUUACACGUCUUAAUUCGUAAUUCAAUUUUCCUCUUUUUUCUCCUUUUUCUCUCAACACUAUAAAACAAGGCCUGUCGGCCCAGUGUUCGAUAGCAAAUUAGCAAAGCGUGUGUCUGCGGCUUUUGCUUCUUUCCUCUACAGAGGUGAGAAAUUUUUUGAGAAAUCUGCACACUGUAGAGGUUGUGUCAGAGAUGGUCAAGUAAUAUCACAUCAUGUCAUGUUGUCUCAAGUAUAGCAAACAUAAGCCGAAUGGAUGCAGUUUUCCAAGAACCACCUUGACACGAGGAAAGGCAUUUCCUUGAAUUUGAGUCACGCAUUAGUUAGGAUUAAUUAACGCAACAUUACGUUUACUCACCAUUUGGAGAUGACAUAAGUGUUUCUAGUCAAAACUUGUCCACAAAAAGCUCAAUUGUGGAUAUACCUUUAUGAUUUUUUUUUCAGCAUCUUCCUCAAGGAGCUGUUUUUGUUAACACUGCUAAAGGUUCCGUCAUUGCAACUUUCCGCUUGUCAACGGUGGAGGCAGCCAAGAAAUUGUGGGAAAUGUACAGUAAACAAACAUUUCAGGACAAAUUAAAAGAGGUUCUGGUGGAAGACACUCUGAAAAGACACCAAAAGCUCCCAGACAAGCCGCUCGAACUAAAUAUAACGUUUAGCGAAGAUCGGUUUAAACAAAUUCAAAAGAAACUCAAAGGUAGUUAACAACACUUUGGUAAACUUUUUAAAUACCGUACUGACCAUUUAAUUUUGUCCAAUUUUGCUAGAAUAUUGCAAGACGAAAGACCUCGGCUCGUAGUAAUUCAGUAAACGUGGUGUUAGGUUUCGGUGUACGAUGUAUAUUUAAGCAAGUUGGUCAAGGUUGCGAAUAGAGUUUAAGGUUUUAAGGGGAAAAAACAUGUCACGCUUUCUAGUAAGACUUUGACUGUAAUGUUAGGUUAAUGACAGGACUCCUUUUUUAACGGAUGUUGAGCGUUCUCAGUUACGAAAAUGUGUUAUCAGUACUCUAUAUGUGAGAAGGGUAGCGACACUGGCGAUUGACGUGAAUCUAAAACAUUUUGACAAGCACGUUGAGGGGUCAAGUCCCUUCCCGCUGCAUGGGUUUAAAAGUGUUGAUGAAGACAAUGUACUGAUAUACCUUGUCGCAAUGUCGUUGAUCGGCAGAGAUCGAGGAAGAGCAGGAAAGAGAUGAACAAAUGCGCAACACUUUGUCGAGCAAACAAGGUAAUGAUUCAAAAUCCGAUAUGCUACGUUAUCAUAGAAAUAUCAUACGACAUUCUUUCUUCAUAACAUGUAACAAGGGUUACGUAAUAUAAAAGUGAAACUUAACAGUCCGAUUCUACGUUUCGAAAUAUUGAUGAAAGCCCUAUGGCGAAAUGAAACAAUUUUGAAAACGAUAAAACUCCUAGUUUACUAAAAAAGCUAAGUUAAUACCUCCAAAUCAGAUUUUGCGAUUGCAUGUGAUAAAUAAGUAAUUUGAAAAUGCUUUUGAAACUUAAAUACGGUGAUGCAUUCACUCAACUUUGCUGUUUCUUUUUACAUUCAGAAGGCAGUGCUGCUGAAGAUGAUGGAUCUCUCUCUGAAAUAGACAGAGAUGAAAUAGACGAAAUCGUCAUUCCACCUGGUAAGAGUUCUCUAUUACGCUGUUGUUUGACGGAUACAAUGUGUACAAAGAGUGAGAUGAUACAGAACUUCCCGUAUGUGAUUCAGUAUGCGAACUUGAUCCCACACAUAUGAUUUACUUUCCUUUCAAAUAGUUUACUUGGGAAGCAAUGCCAACUCUUUUAACAUUCGUGAGUUGGAGCUUAGAGAAUACCAGAAGGAAUUGGCGGCUCCAGCAUUGAAAGGCAGAAACACCAUCAUCUGCGCCCCAACCAACAGUGGGAAGACGUAUGUGGCCCUAGAAAUAGCUAAAAAACACCUAGAGUUUUUCACACCGGACAAUGAAGGUAAGCGACUCCAUAUAGAGAUCUUAUCAGCUUGUAGAAAUACGCGCUUCUUUCUCGAUCAAACAUCCAACUCGGCUUUUCCAAUUAAACGCUUUGGAUCAUUCCAAGUUGGCAUAAGGGUGGCUGCGAUCUAUAAACCACUGUUUUUUCCUUCAUCCAGCCGUAACUGACUAUCACUGAGUCUUCUCAGAGUUUAAAUCAGUAAUAGCAAUUGUAGUUGCUCUUUCGCACAGACGUAAAUUAAGGCCGGAUGCCACAUCAGAUGGCAGGACCUUAGUGAAACGCCUUCGCUGCUAAUCUCUACAGUAACAGUCGUGUCCGACGAUUACAACAGGCCGGCCUCAAACUGGUUCUUAUGUUUGAUUGAAUACAGUAGUUAUGGGAUCAUUCUAUCUCGAAGUACCGUAUUAAGAAAUCCGUCAAGUAACGCUAAUUUUGCCAGCGGGACUGCCGUAACUCUCGAUAACAUCAACUACUUGAUGAUUGCCUCAAGGUUCUGCUGUACUCCACAUCGAACGAUCGGGGUUAGGUAGUUAGGUUAGGCCCAUUUCCGGAUUACCUUUGACCUCUUUUUCAAAUCGAGUCUUGUUGCUCAUCCUCUCAUAUGUUAGAAGUUUUCAUUCAUAUGCAGACCUAACUCAUGUUCAUACGAAUGAUUGACCACCAGGCCUCGUUUUGAGAAAAGGGGCCAAAGGUAAAUUCGGAAAUGGCUUGCAUAACUUCCAUUGGAAAAUGUAGAGGGAGGGCUAACCUACGUCUCCUCAUCACUUCACCCUGAAGAAUUCGCAAUAAGCUCAAUCAUUUAUGGCACUUUAGCUUCUCGGCCUUUUUUGAAUCCCUCAACAGCCACAGACAGCAGUAAUAGAAAACAGCCGAAAGUGGUCUUCAUUGUGAGCACAGUGAACCUCGUUUCUCAGCAAAAGGAGCGUUUCGAAGCGCACCUGGGAAACAAAUACCCCGUGAUUGACAUUUCUGGUGCAAACGCUACUGAGGUCCCCCUGAAGUAUCUUCUACAAAGCCAUAGCAUCGUUGUCUUGACAGCACAGAUGCUUGUCAACGCUCUGAACAAUAAAAGUAAAGAGGAGCAAGUGAAUCUCCAGGACAUAAGUCUUCUGCUUUUUGACGAGUGUCACCAUGCACACAAGGAGCACUCUUACAACAGAAUCAUGGAAAGGUAUCUUGCCUUUAAAAAACAGCCGCGACAUCAAGGCCCCUUGCCACAGGUACAAUCGACAGGAGAUUAAAAUUUUUCUAAUCUAGAUCUUACUCGUUUUUUUUAAUAUCAUUAUUAUUUACUGCGAGGUUUGAACUUUUCUUUGUUAAGGUGGUUCUUUUUAUUUCUACGGUGUUUAGGUUGUUGGUUUCACUGCCUCACUUGGUACAGGAAAAGCCAAGAGCGUCGAAAAGGCGGCAGAACACAUUAUUCUCCUUUCAGCCAACUUAGACGCGGAAGUUAUUUCAACGGUGCAAGAGAAUAAAUCAGAGCUUGCACAGUACGCAAAUGUUCCAGAGAGAAAAGUUUUCCAAGUUCCCACGUCAGAAAAAGAUCCAUUUGAAAAGAUUGUUUCUCAGGUAAUAACAGAUGAGAAUGAUAAUGAUUGGAGUCAUUUGAUUGUCAAAGUCGCAAAUAUGGUCUUUGUUUGGUCUUAGUUCGGCGUGUAGAUUUUUAUGAUAGGAAACGGGAAGGAGAACCCGGAGAAAGCCCAGGAGCAAGUAAAGUAUUAAGUAGUGGUAAAUUUAAAUGCCGUAAUUAUGAGUCGAGUGAGCGAAUCGAACUGAUCUCAAGAGGGCAUUAGAGGCGGGAGCUUUCCUUUCUUUCUUAUUCGUGCCCACUUGUUCUUAAGCUGUAUCAUUCCUUAAAGAAAUUUCUCCCUUGUUCGCUUUCUCUAAUCUUCACUGCGUUUUUUCUGUAUUUUGAAGGUCAUGACUAAAAUCGAAACUAGAGUUAAAGGAAUUAAAGGAAAGCUCUUAAAGUCUGUUCCACCGGAAGAAAAGGGAAGUCAGCAAUAUCGUCAAUGGGUGGAAGAGUUUUACAAAGACUCUGUUACAGAUGCAGACCGGAUCCUUAUAACGCUUGCAGAACAUCUCCGCGAGUACCACAUUGCCUUGACUAUAAACAAAAGCACAACCAUGAAAAAUGCCAGGAAAUGCCUUCAAAAAUAUUUUGAUUCUUUGGAUAGAGAGAAGUUCCUUCAGAUUGACGAAAAGUUGACAAAUCUCUUUCAAGCUGCUAUGAGCAUGUUGGAUAAGCACGUGAAAGAACAUGGUGAACCCCCAAAUCCUCUUUUGAUGAAACUAAAAGAUUUGCUCUUGCAACACUAUAAAGAGGAAAGGCCUCAGAAGGGGGAGAAAGAAGAACAACUCAGAGCUAACGGGGUUGAGAAUGGCGGAGAAAAUGAACGUCACGAUGAAGGUUCAGCUACAGGGAUAUCAGAAGUAGGAGAAGAUGUCGAUGAUUCUGAAAAGUCUAAAAAAACAAGAUCCAGCAACCAAGAGAAUGAUAAGACUUGCGAUGACAGUCAGGAAGAGGGUAAAAAUGAAGGGACAUCACUAGACAAAACAACACACAAUGAAGAAGAAAGUGGUGGAAACAAGAAUGGAGACUCUGCAAAGGAAGACCUUGGUAAUAUUGACGCUGCUGAUGUUGAUGACGCGGCGGAAGAAUGUGAAUCUCGAACAGCUACAGAAAACAACCAUGAAAACCCUAGCCAAGAGACUGACAAAUCAGCGGAAAACUUGCAAGACGAUAAGUCAUUAAAUAAAAGAAAUGGUGAACAGAGAGAGUGGAAAGGUCCCAAAGGCAUUGUCUUUACAAGAACAAGAGAAUCCACGACAGCUCUGGAAGAUUGGAUUAAGGAAGACGAUGAACUGAAGACUGUCCUCAGGCCAGAGGCUCUUGUGGGCAGUGGAGAUGGCAACAGUAAGUUCAAACCCUCAAGCAGUACAUUUAAUAAAAGACGUAAUGCCCUUGGCGAUGGUAUCCCUGGCAUUUUGUCUCUGAUGAUUUUGCAUGCUAAAAAUCACUGAGGAAUAAAAGAGAAGAUCUUUUUGGAAUAAAAAAAAAUUCAAACUGAAAAAAAUUUUUUUUUCUUAUUUUUUAGUCGGCAUGACUCAGAAUGAGCAAGAGCGAGUGAUCAGUCGAUUUCACAAAGGAGAAACGAACCUUCUCCUUGCAACAAGUGUGGCAGAGGAAGGUCUGGACAUCAUGGAUUGUAAUUUUGUGAUCCGUUAUGAUAUGAUGGGCAACGAGAUUUCCACUGUGCAGUCACGUGGCCGUGUCAGGUAAAAAAAUUCAGCGCUAAAUUAAAAAUCGAGAGAGUCGUAUUUCAACUUUGAACGGAGUUAUGGUUUUCGCGAGUUAAUAUAAAUCCCCCCCUUAUCUGGGGGCUAGAACCAGAGAAACCCUUAGGGAGAUCCGUUAAAGUGCCAUGGGAGGGGGUGCAUGAAAUUUCGAUUGUCUAGCACGCUGCAGUCGCAAGGAUAAGCUCUGAAAAGAGACUUUGAAACGAGCCAAGCUCGAGAUUUGCAUUGCUAUGUUCUUCAUAAAAAAAAAAAAUUAUUGUAGCCUUCAAUUUCAUUUCGUCUUCUUUGGUUUCCCUUUCCUUUGAUAUUCAAUCAUUUUGAAUUUGACUCGUGCACCGAGAGCUUAAAGGUUUGUGGCAGAGGUUACGUCAAAUAUUUUUAUUUAUUGUCAGGGCGCUUAGAGAAAAAAAGUACGAGAAAUACGCGCGUACUCAACACGCUGAGCUUUAACUACAUUUUUUCUCCUUCCUCUGUAAGUUCUUAUAUAAUUAUUUUGUUUUAUGCAUUUGCUAUUUUAAUUACCAGGGCGGAAGUGGGUAUGUAUAGCGUGCUCGUAAGUGGGGAUUCUGGAGCAUUAAAACGAGAAUAUACAAACCAAUUUCGGGAAUCCCUCAUGAUUGAAGCCCUCAGCAAGGUGCAAAAAAUGUCUCCAAAAGCCUUUCAGAGUAAGGUAAGCACCGAACAUAUGUGUAUUCUAACAAUGGAAACCUUUGCCAAGGUGUAAAGGUAUCCCCUUGCUUGGCUCCUUCGGGGGAAAUGGCAAAUAACAUAUAUGUAUUUGUUCAUAUUCAGCCCUAAGCAAACAGUCAUCAUUCCUCGCCGAGGUGGAGGGGGGGAAUUGGGGUUGGAGGAUCUUCGAGGAUCACAUGGUUUUCAGGGGGAGCCGAGGGAAAGAUCAGUCGUCGCUAACAGAGUAUAAAAGGGGGAAAUCAUGGGAAAUAAACUUCUAAUAAACUGAAAAUGAAGGAGAAGGGGGUGUUACAAAACCAAAAUCGACUAAUUCCUCCCCCCCCCUUAAUUAUAGGCGAUACAUAAUGACUGGUUCCUAACAUAGGGGGACAUCAAUGUAAUUUCUUAAUCGUAAAAAACAAUGUGUGCAACAAUGUAAAUUACACGCAGAAAAUCAGUAUUUUACCGCAUUUGACAAAGUGAUCUAGGACUCUUCCCUCUUCCGUUGAAGGUGUCCUCUCACAAAAUCUGUAUCCCCUAAAAAGGAUCUAUUCCGAUAGAUGAGUGUCGAGCUGUGAAACAUGCAUCAAUUUUAUGAUCCAGUGGUAAUUCUCUCCUCUUUCUAAUGAAGGUGAAAGCUAUACAGGAUAGGAACUUUCUGGAUCGCAAGUUGAAAAAGCGCGUGAUGGCGUUGAAACAUUCAGAGCCUGUGCCUGACGAUGUCACCUUCCAUUGCCGAAAGUGCUUUGCAGAAGUUUGUCAAGCGCAUAACAUACGGCGCGUUAAAGAAACCUAUCACGUGAUUAUAAGUAGCGACGUACGGGACUCCAAGGUAGAGACACUUUGUCAUAAGAAAUGUGUUUUUUCAUCUAAGUAAAAUGAUAACUAAACGUUUGAUCGUUCGUGUCACGAUCUAGUGACCAUAUAUCGUGAAUGAAUGUGACUCCACGUCGUUUGAUGCAUGCCUUGAAAACAUUUUUUUCUUUUGACCUCAGCAAGUCUAAAUGAUCAAUUGUUCUAGCCGGACGCGAUCCCCUGAACUAACACAGAAAAAUAGUUUUCCGAAUGUUGUUGUUUCUUUUUUUUUUUUUUUAACCGGCCAGUCAGGCUGUUGGAUCUGUUAAAUCGUAGACCAAAUUAUUGAAUUAGCUCGAGUGCAAUGAAGACACUAAAAGGUCAAAAUCAGCGAAUCUGAAGCGGCCUUUCUCCAGCUUCGUAAAAUCCACCUCUCACUUUUACCAUAACUUUCAGGAGUAUAAAUUUAAAACUAGCCACGUCAGUUUUCAUAUACAGCGAUGUUUAAUAGAUGAUUCAACAGUCUUGUUACAUAAGGCUGUUGGAUCAUCGUCAUUCCAAAAAUGAAAAUGGUUGGUAAAGAAUCUUUGACUAUUUCUAGGUGGUCAUGGAGGAACAUCACAACCCUAAGGCUCUUGAUGGCGUCGAAAUGAACAGGAAAAUAUAUUGUAAAGAGUGCAGGGAAGACUGGGGUGUGACAGUUCUUAUCAAUGGCAUGGAGUGGAUGUGCAUCAAGAUUUCUGGCUUCGUUCUCCAAUUUCCAGGGCCUAAGGCACGAAGGUUGACGGUUAAGAAGUGGAAACUUCUCCCUUUCACAAUACAAGAGGCCACUUUUGAAGAGCUCAUGCAACAAGCUCAACAACAAGAACCAAAAGAUGACUUGGACGAUGAAUUCAGCCUGUUGUUUGAUUGAUCACAUUUUAUCAUGCGUUGUAUCGUUGAUUAACAGAACCUGAAAUCUUAAUUACUUUCCUCAAGCUGUUGGCUUCAUUGUAUGUAGUGAGGAUAUAGUAGAAAUAUGAAUUAUGAUAGUAUCACGGUAUUACGGUACGGUUUUCAUGAUUGAGUGUUACAGAAGAGCAUAUUUGAUUGAAUGAUGAGACAGGAAACCUAUGAGAAUACAAAUUAAAAACAAGGAAAUGAUAGAGUCACGAUUGCUUAAGUUUCGUAUCUGAUUGGUUGAGAGGAUGGAGAGACUAUUCCAGACUAAAUAAGAAGAAAAGCAAAGCAGAACCAAUGUAAUCUUUGAACGCUCAAUUUAAAAUUGAUCUAUACACUCAUGGCUUAAAUAGAUGGUCAAAAUAAUACUGUUAUGAACAAUGCUCACUUAUAAUCAGUUUUAUUUUAACAAGAUAAGUUCAUUUUUUGGUCGUUACCAGGCUUUAAGCCACCGUUUGGGUUCUUAGACUGAGUGAGAUCUCUAUAUCUGUCCACUGUUUCAUAUUAAUCCUUUAACUACCAAAAAUCUGAUCAGUAAUUCUCUUUCUUGUCUGCUAUACAAUUUUUAUGAAGUAAAUUUGGAGAAUUUGGUAUUGGAUCAACAAAUAGUCCCCUAAUUAAUAUUUUUCUUUAUUCUCAUCAAUUCUAUGUUUGAUGUUGUAUUGAUAUAGUAAGGAUAAAUUCUCUCCUGGUCACUCAAGGGAGGUAAAGGGUCAAACCGUUUUUGGCCAUAAUUCUCAUAUUUUCAUAGAUGGCCACGGAGGUAGCUGAUGGAGACUUAUUGAUACAAUAUUUGGUGUAACCGCCAAGUAGAGAGCCUACACUAAUCAAGCUGUACUCUCUCGACGACGCUAAAAGAUUGACUUCCAAACUUCAAAGAUGCAUAUUACGAAAAUAUUCUGAUUAUCCUAUGAAAAGAUCGAAAGUUAUUUACACAAUCGAGAUCUAAGGUACAUAACUGGUUCAGUUUCGUCUUCGUUACUUCUUAGUAUAGAAAAAUAGAAUUUUUGGUGCACGGUAUGGAUUAGUAAAAGAUGGUUUUACGUGUAUUGUUAGCUACUAUGUGCAUGUUAAAAUCAAUAUAGUCUAUAUCAAAUGGAAAAUAAAUGGCGUUGAAUAAAGAUCUCAGGCAUGCCAAGCAAUUUACGAACAGACUCAAUAGUACGAAGAGAGG